CCUCAACACAACCCUCAACACGCACAACCCAGAACCCCCCCCCCCCGGCCUCCAGCUCCGACUGCCAGACCGCGGCUCCAUGCGGCUGGAAGGAGGCUGAACUGAGAUGCCCCCCUCUCCUUUUCCUCCUUCCUCCAGCGGUCCUCCUCUCUAAGGCCGGCGGGGGACGAAGCCAGCCAGCCUCCAGCCGCCCAGAUGCAGGAGCCUUCGGGGCCGUCGGUGGGCUCCAGCCCCCUUGCCCCGUCCCUCCAGCCCCCCAAGAGCCUCCUCCUCCUCCUCCUCCUCCUCGGGCGGAGAGGGGGCCGUCGGGGAGGCGCCUUGCUGGUGGUCUUGGCGCCAUGACCCUCUGGGGACCCACUCUUUCUUUGCGGACGAGGCUCUCCUUCUCCUUCUUCUUCUUCGUCAUCAUCAUCAUCUUCUUCCUCGGCGGCACCAGGAGCCCUUCUUCUUCUUCCUCCUCGGCCAAACUUGGCGAGAGGCAGGCUGAGGAGAGCCGGCGGGGGAGUGUCGGGGCCCGGGAGAGGCAGCAGCGUCCAAGCAGAGCCCAAAGGCUGGGGAUUUCCAUCCUGAGGGGAUGAAGGCGGCCGGUGGAGGGCGAGGCUGAGGGGCCGAGGGGGCUCCCCCGCCUCCAGCCCUCCCUCCGAUGGCGCUCCUGGCCCGGGAAGAAGAAGAGGCCACAGCGGAGGAGAGAGCCCGGCAGCCCUUCCUUCUCUGCGCCACCGCGGACCCUCGCCUUAGUUUUAUAAUCCAUCACAACCAUGAAGUCUACAACAGCUGAUCCACCCCGUAAAAGAAGGAUGUUGUGGAUUAUUCUUCUAAGCACAAUUGCUGUAGCAUGGACUACACCUAUUCCCUUGAUAGAGGACUCGGAGGAAAUUGAGGAACCUUGCUUUGAUCCCUGUUACUGUGAAGUCAAAGAAAGCCUUUUUCAUAUACACUGCGACAACAAGGGAUUUAUAAAUAUUAGUCAGAUAACAGAGUCAUGGUCGAGACCUUUCAAACUUUACCUGCAGAGAAACUCCAUGAGGAGAUUAUACACCAACAGUUUUCUCCAUUUGAACAAUGCUGUUUCUAUUAACCUUGGGAACAACGCACUACAAGACAUUCAGAUAGGAGCCUUUAAUGGGCUCAAAAUUCUGAAGAGAUUGUACCUGCAUGAGAAUAAAUUAGACAUUUUCAGAAACGAUACUUUCCUGGGGUUGGAAAGUCUGGAAUAUCUGCAGGCAGAUUAUAAUGUCAUUAAGCGGAUUGAAAGUGGGGCAUUUCGAAAUCUGAGCAAACUUCGGGUUCUUAUAUUAAAUGACAACCUUAUUCCCAUGCUGCCCACAAAUUUAUUUAAGUCUGUGUCCUUAACUCACUUGGACUUGCGUGGAAACAGGUUGAAAGUGCUUUCAUACCGAGGAAUGCUUGAUCAUAUUGGCAGGAGCCUGAUGGAAAUCCAGUUGGAAGAGAAUCCUUGGAACUGUACUUGUGAGAUUGUUCAGCUAAAAAGCUGGCUUGAACGUAUACCUUACACUGCCCUUGUGGGAGACAUAACCUGUGAGACUCCUUUCCACUUCCAUGGUAAGGACUUGAGGGAAAUUAAAAGAAAUAAACUCUGUCCUAUGCUAUCUGACUCAGAGCUGGUCAGCAUUGGUGUCCCACAGCUGCCAUCAAGCAAGGAGAAUGCAUGGCCUACUAAGCCUUCUUCUAUGUUGUCCUCCUUCCAUUUCACUGCUUCCUCUGUUGAAUACAAAACCUCCAUUAAGCAGCUGAAGCCUACAAAACAGCCCAGGGCACACAAGCCACCCCCUACUCCUCGAGGCCUAUACCCUGGACCUAACCAGGCUCCCAUUGCUGCAUAUCAGACUAGGCCUCCUAUCCCCAUCAUAUGCCCUACUGGCUGCUCCUGCAAUUUGCACAUCAAUGAUUUGGGUCUGACUGUCAACUGCAAGGAAAGGGGGUUCCAUAAUAUUUCUGAGCUCCUUCCCAGGCCUGUUAAUGCCAAGAAACUGUAUCUGAGUGGAAAUUUGAUACAGAAAAUUUACCGUUCUGAUUUCUGGAAUUUUUCUUCCUUGGAUCUCUUGCAUCUUGGGAACAAUCGGAUCUCCUAUGUUCAGGACGGGGCUUUUAUUAAUCUGCCCAAUCUGAAGAGUCUAUACCUGAAUGGCAAUGACAUUGAGAAACUGACUCCGGGCAUGUUUAGGGGCUUGCAGAGCUUGCAUUACCUGUAUUUUGAGUACAAUCAGAUCAGGGAGAUCCAGCCUGCUGCCUUCAGUCUCAUGCCAAACCUGCAGCUGCUCUUCCUCAAUGACAAUCUUCUGAGGACCCUGCCUACUGAUGCCUUUGCUGGCACCUCCUUGGCCAGGCUCAACUUGAGGAACAACAAAUUCCUGUACUUGCCUGUGGCUGGUGUGCUGGAACACCUCAACGCCAUUGUACAGAUUGACUUGAAGCUCAAUCCCUGGGAUUGCACAUGUGACCUAGUGCCUCUCAAGCAGUGGAUCGAGACCAUCAGUUCCGUCAUUAUGGUGGGGGAAGUUCAUUGUGCCAGCCCAGAGAACCUAACCAACAGAGAUAUCCGCUCUGUUGAGCUGGAGAUGUUGUGCCCAGAAAUGAUGCAUGCUGCUGCUGCUGCCUCACCAGCCCCACCAGCAUCGGGUCACCCAAGUCCCACUAGUCCCUCACCAUACGAGCUCCCCCCAGCUGGAGGAGGCCCAGUCCCUCUCUCUGUGCUCAUUCUCAGUCUACUCGUACUGUUCUUCUCUGCAGUCUUCACUGCUGCGGGCCUUUUUGCCUUUGUCCUUCGCCGACGGCGCAAGAAGCUGCCCUUCCGGAACAAGCAGCGGCAAGAGGCCCUUGACUUAACAGGCAUCCAAGUGCAGUGCCACCAUCUGUUUGAGGAGGGAGGAGGUGGCGGAGGUGGGGGGAUCAGUGCCUCCCCAGAGAAGGCACCCCCAGUGGGCCAUGUUUAUGACUACAUCCCUCACCCAGUAACCCAGAUGUGCAACAACCCCAUCUACAAGCCACGUGAGGAGGAUGAAGUGGUGGCAGGGGAGCCUGGGCAACCUGGGGACAUGCUUCUGGGAGGUGGAGGUGGUGGCUGUGCAGGGGAACAAUUUAUCGACCCCACUAAGGACAGCGGGAGCAGUAGCUGCUAUAGGACCUUGCUGGAGAAGGAGAAGGAGUGGAGCUUGGCUGUGUCCAGCUCACAACUCAACACCAUAGUGACCACCAACCAUCAUCCCCAUCCCCACCAACCUGGAGGGGGAAUUGGUGUGGGGUUGCCUCUCAUGGGGGAAUUAGCACUGGUGCCGCCUGUCUUCCAUCAUGAGAAGAAUGGUGGGGUGGUUCUAUUCCCCCCUAGUGGUGCCGUUUUAGACAGCAGAGAGAGGCCACCCUUAGCCCCUCCAUGCACAGUGGGCUUUGUGGACUGCCUCUAUGGCACAGUGCCCAAAUUAAAGGAACUGCACGUCCAUCCCCCUGGCAUGCAAUACCCAGACCUGCAGCAGGACGCCAGGCUGAAAGAAACCCUACUCUUCUCGGCUGGUAAGGGCUUCCCAGACCACCACCAAACCCCCCAAAGUGAAUACCUCGAGUUAAGGGCCAAACUCCAAACCAAGCCGGAUUACCUCGAAGUCCUGGAGAAGACCACUUAUAGGUUUUGAAAAUGUCUAGCUUUUACAGCCAAAUCCCAGCCCCCAGCCCUCCACACACCGUCCUUGGUCCCAAUCCUCUCCUCUCACUUUCCUCUCCCCAGACCAUCGCAUGCUGAUACUAGAGGAUACAGCUCUGUGCUUUCCCCCUGCCAGAUGUUGGUUUGGAGGAGGGGCCCAACUCAGAUGAUCAUUAAUCGAUAAAGUGCCUUUGCAGACUUUUGCCAGCAGAUGUUAAUCAAUCAUUAUUUUUUUAUACUGAAAAAGAAAAAAAAGCUGAGACUUUGACUGUGCCAUGUUGUCUAAGGUAUAAGAAUAUUAUUAUAUUAAUUAGUAUCAUGGGGGAUCUUCGUCUUGAUCCUGACACAGUAAAUUCAUUGUGUAUUGCGCUAUCUCUCUCUUGCGUGCACACUUUUUUUUUUGUUGUAGGUUUUUUUAAAAAAACAAAAACACAAACCCUUCCAUUCAUCUUUUUAUGUUGGGGGAGGGAGGUGGACUUAAAGACAGCAUUCUUUUGUGGCUUUGUUUCUUCUUUCCCUCACCAUGGCACAGAUUUCUGUACAUUUAUUUAAAAGAAAACAAAGGGGAAGGGGAAAUAACAACAAAAAUGCAGUUUGCUGCAUGUCUGGAAACUGCAGUAGGGGAGGGGGGUAUUUUUGAAUGUUCUCACUCUCUUGUCUUUCUCUCACCUCCAUGCAGACAGAUCCACAUAUACCCAAAUAUGAAUCCCCAGCACUCCCCAGCCUGCUUCAUAGCCAUUCCAGUUUGCUUGUACUCCUUCUGUUCUGUUCUCUCUUUUUUUUUUUUUUUUGCCCCCUUCCCCUUAAAGUGGGUGCCACCGUAAAUUCUCCUCCCUUUUGCAGAAGGGAAACCAGAGACUUAUUGCUUACCAGAAAUCUGCAUCUUAAGUAAAAAAAAAAAAUCCUUUAUUUGUUCAAUCUUGUGGCUUUCUUAUACUAAAGGAAAAGUUGUUAGCAUCUUAUUUAGUUGUUGGUGGUGGUGGGAUUAAGGGACACUUCCCUCUAAAAUCAAAGCGACUCCAGCCUAAUAGUUAUAUACAGGUGGGGGAAGGAAAAGAAAACUUACUGGGUACCUAUCACAAACAUUUCUAUUGAAGAGGCACUGUUAACAUUUUCUCUUUCUCUCCUCUUUGCUCACACACUCAAACACACACACACAGAAAUUCAAAUGUGCAUAUAUUUAUUCUGUACUUUCAAGUGAAUAUAAAUUGUAAAGGUAAUGUUUAAUCAUUGUACAGUGAUGCGUCUGGUAUAGCUUUCCUAAUAAAACAUUUUGGAAAAAAAUAGAUAUAUACUAGAAGAUAAAAAGCUUGAAUUUUAAAACUCCAGCUAUACCCUUUUCCUUCCAGUGCUUUCUUUAUUUUCUUUAAGCCCCAUGUUGUUUUAUUAAUACUAGUACAAUUCACUGUGAUGUUUAACAAAAUAUAUAACAGAAAUAGUAAUUUGCUGAAUUUUUGUUCUAUCAAAAUACUAUUCUGGACUUGGAAAUCUCAUUUUCAGUCUCUCUCUUUCUCUUUCUCCUCUCUUUCCUCUUCCUUUUCUUCUUCCAUUUUAAUUUCUUGUGUUUCUAUUUUAGUGAGUUUCCCCCUCAUAGAUGAAAAUAUGCAAUAGACUUUUUUAAACGAUCAUUUUACUACUAGGCCUGUUUAUGUCCCAUUGUAAGGAAGUGGGGAAACAUACUAGACAUCUCCCCCCACCUCCCCGGGCAGUUUAAAUUGGGGUACAGUAUUUAAAAGUGCACAGAAAAAAUGUAUUUCUAUAUAGAGGGAUAAAGAAUGGUGGGUAUAAACUCCUACAUUCAGAAAAAAAUGUUUGGCAUGUUUUGAAUGAUACUUAAAACAUUGGAGAAAAUUAGGCCUAAUAUCACAGAUCCAGCCUUUUGAUUUUCUUAUCUCCUAACUGCUUUACUGAGAACUGAGCUAAGGAUGGGAUGACGAAGUGGUUUUUCCUAUGUAUGGUGUGGAGUUUUAAUUUAUUUUCUUUCUGUCUGUCUGUCUUUCCUUCCUUUUAUUUGGCGGUUGGUAUGAUGUUGCUUAAUUGACUGGCUGGAGCUUAUUAUUUUUAACCCUUUUGCUUAGAAUGAAAAACCAAAGAAGAAGGGGAGGGUUGUUUGUUUAUUUCAUUUCUUUCCAAGGUAUCUAGCUGGUAUCUUGUUUCUUGUAGAACUGGGUUGACACAUGAAUAGAGCCGAAGGAAAAAAGCUUUGUUUGGUGGAGGAAAAAAACCCAUCCAAUAUGGCCAGUAGAUGGCGUCCGAGCUCCAGCAAUUGCCGCACAGAGACCAGAGGUUACUUUUGAAUUGUGCACAGCCCAUCCGGUGCUUUCCGCUUGGACUCCCGAAUCUGCCCUUAAUAGAAAAUCAUCACGUUGAAUGUAAUUCACCAGACGUCACUAAUGCCUUACAUCGAGAUAGAGAUCAAAUUAAAGGGGAAAUGUGGAUAUUAGCUCCUUUCGUGUGUACAGAUAUGAUGGGGCAAAAUCCAUAUUCUGAAGAUUUCAAGCAAUGAUUUUUAUAUUUAUAUAGAGAUAUACACACCUACAGAAAGAAAGGGAAAUGUAUUUAAAAAUAAACUAAAUUUUAAAAAUCUAUUUAUUUGUCUUACUAAAAAUAAUGUUAUCCAGGGGGAAUGAAAUGUUUUUACUGCAGAGGAAUGAAAAAUACAGCUGCCUCCAAUGCUCUUGUAUCAUAUUGUUGUUGUUAUAGUUUUGUUAAGGAAUCACUGCAUAAACUGCAGCUUUGGGAGCAAAAUAAGAAUUCAUCCACUCCAUAAUCUCAUAUACAUGGUAAUCAUUCCUGUUGAAAAGAGUCUCUCCAUUUUUAAGUAAUAAAUAUUUUAAAAAGCUGGUAUAUACAUAAGAUUACGCAGAUGCACAGACACAGCCAUCCUAAAAUUUGUAAUGACCCACAAACCAGUAAUGAAAUGAAAACUUUGGAAUUUUAGCCAGUUUAUUCCUAAUGAAAUUGUUGACAUUAAUUCAGUUUAUAUACAAAUGUCGCUCUUUUACAGGCUAGAGAUUCACAACAGACAUGCCUCAAUUACUGAAUUAAACAUUUAGGUUCUGCUGACCCAGGCUGUGGGUAUGAAAUUGGCAUAUUUGUCUAAUUCAAAUUUUAUGUUGCUUACCAUUAUUAAUGAUUGAUUAAGUGGUUUACUGGCAGUAAAAAUAAAAACACUUUCGUCUGCCUUGUGCAAUCUGGCCUUUACGCAGGACACACUGAAAUAAAAUCAGCUAAUGCACAUGUAGUUUUCCACAAACUGUGCUUCUUACACUGUGGUCAUGAGCAGGGCUAGAUUAAUCAUUAUGCAAAGUAUGCUAUAAAACAGGGAUCUACCCACACUUGAUGCCUUGCAUCCAUGUACUCUGAUGAAUGGGCCUAUGUUUGAAUGUAGGUUUAGGUCGUUGGCUUUUCUAAUCCAGUAUCUUCUACUCUGCAGCCAUUCUCCAGGGUUUUUCCCACUCUUCUACCCAAGACCACUGGACAUAUGAGAGAUUGAACCUGGACCCUUCUGCAUGUAAAGCAUGUAGAUCAAUGAAGACCUAACCUCACUCAGAAAAGCACUUACAGGUAUUGAUCCAGGGACUUUUCAUAUCUUUAAUUAUAUAUGAUAAGUUCUACUUUAUAGAAACUUGCUUACACAGCCCCUAUUGGAUUCCAUUAAAAUCCUAGAGUGUUGAAAAUUACCCUAUAGAAAGAAACAUAAUCCAUAUUCCUAGAUGUAAAAAGACUGUAAUAUUGGGAAGUAGCUUGAAACAGAGUUCUAUCAGGGACACAAUAGGACAGGGAACAUGGGAAUAACAAUAUAGGCAGGUAAUUAUGAGAGCGAAAUCUGUGUAAAAUUAUGGAUCAUGGGUUAAAAUAUACAAAUGCUUCUCAUUUUAAGCCCUUGUCGCUGAUUUAUACCCCAAAGUGCCCAAACAUGUCCUACACAUUCUUAGUAUACCUGAAUUUCAGAUACUGAAACAUCUACAUAAAUCUUUCAGUCAUUUUCAUCUUACUACGUUAUAAAACAUAUCAAGCAAGUAAGGUUUCAUGUUGUUUUCUUAUUGCAUUAAACAUAAAGCAUUUUAAAAAAUGAUGGGUAGAUAAGCAUGCAUGAAAAAGCAGUAUAAACCAGAAAAUUCAAGGGUAGAUACUUUGAAGGACAGUCAUUUUGCAUUCAGUUGACAAUGCUGCAUGUGUAAACAUUGUUCAAUACUGUAGAGAAUGGGAUAAACACCAGAUUUUACCAUGGCAAGGUGCUCCACCCAUUUGGGAAACAUAUUUUUCAUCAAGAAUAGCACAUAUCAAAACCAGGAAAAGGUUGUAAAUAAUAUUUAUAUUUUGUUUAUAUUAUCAAUCGCAAAAACAUUUCAACUGAAAUAUAAGGAACAAUUUUCACCUGGAAUAGUGAAGCAAUUAUUCAGUGGAA